GCUGUGUUCAUGGAGCCGCCGUGCAGAUGAAUUGUGUUGAAGGACUACAUUGGUCUGUUACUCUUUCAACAUGUGCUUACCCAGCAGAUGCUAAUUGUACUCCGAUGUCAGUUGAUGGUGGAUGGACUGAUUGGAGUUGGAGUAAAUGUUCAGUGUCAUGUGGAAGUGGGACACAAACAGGGAGCAGAUCUUGUACAAACCCAGCACCACUGCAUGGGGGAAAUGCAUGUGUUGGGGAAACAACAAAAGUUCAGGAGUGUAAUUCUUACCUCUGCCAAGAUGGCCAAUGCUUGACUGUGAGAUGUGAUAGCUGGCAGUAUGCUAGACAUGAAUGCGAAGUUACAGGCCUGACAUCUAAUAGCUUGUUGUACAGUAUGACGCUGUUAAAACAAUACUCUCCUAUUUCGGACGGUGAAUGCACAGAUGGUUAUUCCUUUGGAUAUAAUACAACAGGAGUGUGGGUAGAUGAAGGAUGUCGGGCAGAUUUCAGUGUUUGCUUAAUACCAGAGUAUAAUGACUGUGGUUCUGAUCCAUGCCAGAAUGGUGCCUCUUGUGAGGAUGGACCUGGAACAUAUACAUGUACAUGUGAGGGAUACUUUAGUGGAAUCAAUUGUGAACAUCGAAUUGAAUGUCCUGAACCAGAAGAUGUCGGAAAUGCUACAAUGAACAUGACUGGAAUUUCUCCAACUGAUACCGUUAGUUAUACUUGUGAUGAGUAUUACAAACGUAAAGACGGUGAUAUGUACAGGGUUUGUCAAAUUAAUGGAGAAUGGAAUGGAACACUUCCAUCAUGCGAACUGAUUGAUUGCGGCAGACCAGAAGAACAUUCCACCACGCAAUUGCAAUUGUUUGAAACAGGUCCAGGACAGAUCGCCACCUACGUCUGCAAAGAAGAGUCACCGGUCCUCGCUGCAGGCAAUCUGACAAGAACAUGUCUAAUGAUUGGUGAAUGGGACGGCCAGACACCUGAAUGUAUGAUGCAUCCAGGUGCACUUCAGUCAAAGGCUUCCAGUUUUAAUUUCUCCUGGAUAAUGCUGAACACUAUCAUAUUAAUAGGAGUGGCUAUGCAAAUUGCAAAUUAACAGGACGGUGA